AUGUCAAGACAACUUAAACUAGAAUUACAACCAGGCAAAAGUUUAGGUGAUUUCAUUUUGGGUAUGACGAUAUCCGAAGCAUUGAAUGUAAUCAAGCCUGGAAAUGUUGCUGUAAUCAAUAAAGUCGAUAUUAUAUUUAAUGAUGCCGAUCCACUAAGUAUUGAUAUUGUACUUAAAUUGGUUGACGAUGGUGUUUUACUCAGAUUUGCACCGUCUUCACAGAGAUUGCGAGUGAUUGAGAUCUUUGAUGUUUCAAGACUAGCACUUAGCUAUCGUGGAUCGAUCUUUUCGAGCUCUGACAACAUUGCAUCGUUUGUAAAUAUCUAUUCAAAGUUUGGACCGUCGUAUCCAGGUGAUUUCAACGCCAAGAAGAGUGUAUAUCAUCUUCAUUACCCUGGAUUAUCAUUUAGUUUUCCAAUUCCACCCAAGUUUAACACAUUGUACAGUGAAGGAACAGAGUUACCAGUGGAGCUACCCGAUGGUUCUACACCUCUAGUUUCAAAGAUAUUCAUAUAUAGCGGAUUACAAAUGAAAACACCACUCUCUGUAUUACCAUCUCAAAAUGAAGAGAUCAUUAUUUGUCCAAAUAUAGGAGUUUAUUUUAGUAAGAAAAAUUGUAUAUUGACAUUCAAUUCUACACCACAAGAUGUUCUGAGUGAAUUGGGACCACCAUCAAAAAUCUAUCACAAGGAGGAGGACAAUAUGAAGAUUCACACCUACCAGGUAGAGAUGACACCGGCACCAGAUUACUUUUACAACUAUUUCCACUUGGGAAUAGAUGUCCUCUUUGAUUCAAAGAGAAAUACCGCCAAGAAAUAUAUAUUCCAUACAAACUUUCCAACUCAUUAUGAAUUUAAUUUAUAUUCAAAAUGUUCAUUUAAGAUAUUAGAUAAUAGCAAUAACUCCAAGACAAUAUUUGAGGCACUUAAGCAUCUUGCUGAAGGUAAAUUCAUACCAAACAAUACACCACCUCAACAACCAAAGUCAUCACCAUCCACCACCACCAAUGAUAAUAUAAAUGCAAUUGAAGCAAAUAAUAGUAAUGGAAAACAACAGAAUAACAAUAACAAUAGUAGCAAUAGUAAUAAUAAUAGCCAAUCACCUCUAUCUUCAUCACCAUCGAGUCUAUCUAUAUUGCCAUCAUCGUCAUCAAUGUCGUCGGCUGUUGGAGCAUCAUCAGAGAUUCAAGCACGUCAUGAUGCAAUCAUUGAUCAAUCUAUCCAAACAAUUCAUCCUGAUAUGAAAUGGGAGGAAGUCCAGAAUAUCUUUGGUAAAUCAGGUAAACCAGUUGUCAACAACAGAGGUUCCAUUUCAAAUCCAUUCGGAUCCACUUAUUUCUAUGGUUAUCCAGGUAUAAUAUUUGAAAUUAUGAGAAAUCAAUAUAUUUCAUCAGUAUGUCUUUUCGAUGACUCACCAAUCUAUGUAACCGAUUUGAUGGGAUCAGGUGUAAACAAUCAUAAUCAAAAUAAUAGUAUGAUCAGUGGAAUGAAUAGUCAUAUCGAUAGUAUUGAAAAUGUGUAUUAA